CUGGAGUGAGCGAAGAGUCUGGCAUCUGGUGGGCGGGCGGCUACUCCACACAGUACGGUAGGCGCGGGCUGCUCCUCCUCAAGCCCAGCCCGCGCUCACCCCCUCCCGCCCCCUCCAGAGCCUUUGCCCGACCGACUGCCUCCUCGGACCCCAGUCCCCGCAGGCGAGCGCAGGAGGCGGCUGUUGCACGCUCCCCGCCACCCGCGCGCCGCGAUGCGCCAGGAGGCCGAGCCGCCCGGGGGCUGCAGCCGGCGCGCCUCACCAUGAAGCUCCGCAGCAAAGCGGCCGCGCUGCUCCUGCUGGCGCUGCUCGCGCUGCUGCUCGGGCUGCUGUCCCUGCGCGCCCGCCGCGCCGAGCCUCCCGCGGCCCCCGAGCCGCCCGCGCGCCCCGCAAGCGCCCCGCAGCGCCGCCCUGCGCGCCCUCCCGGCCCGGGCCCCCGCGCCCUCCCCGGCCCCGCCGCUCGCAGACGCCGACCGCCACGACUGCGCCCCGCAGCGGGUCGCCGGAGCUCCGCAAGCCUGGAGAAGUUGGCGAGGAGACCUGGAGGACCCAGAAAUUUCCAAGCCGUGGUGCCUCCCGAGUUCUGGAUCCACCUGGCUGUGGUGGCCUGCGGUGACCGGCUGGAGGAGACGCUGGUUAUGCUCAAAUCCGCCGUGCUCUUUAGCCACAGGAAGAUCUGGUUUCACAUCUUCACGGAAGACUCACUGAAACCUGAAUUUGAUAAGAAGUUACGACAGUGGCCUGACUCAUAUACAAAGAAGUUUGAGCACAGAAUCUACCCCAUCACAUUUUCAGUUGGAAAUCCCCAGGAAUGGAAGAAAUUGUUUAAGCCUUGUGCUGCCCAGAGACUCUUUCUCCCGGUGAUCUUAAAGGAUGUGGACUCACUUCUCUAUGUGGACACUGAUGUUCUUUUCUUGAGACCUGUCGAUGACAUCUGGAAGCUUCUGAAGCUAUUUAAUGCCACUCAGCUGGCAGCCAUGGCCCCUGAGCAUGAAAUCUCCAAGAUCGGCUGGUACAGCCGCUUUGCUCGGCACCCGUUCUAUGGCUCUGCAGGAGUUAACUCGGGAGUCAUGCUGAUGAACUUAACUCGUAUGAGAAAUGCCCAGUUCAAGAGCAGCAUGACUCCAGCAGGCUUGGCUUGGAAGGACAUGCUAUACCCUCUGUACCAGAAAUACAAGAAUGCUAUCACAUGGGGAGACCAAGAUUUGUUGAAUAUUAUUUUUUAUUUCAAUCCGGAGUGUCUCUAUGUGUUCCCUUGCCAGUGGAACUACCGCCCUGAUCACUGCAUGUAUGGAAGCAAUUGCAAAGAGGCUGAACGAGAAGGUGUGUCUGUCCUGCAUGGGAACAGAGGCGUCUACCAUGAUGACAAGCAGCCAACUUUCAAAGCAUUCUAUGAAGCCAUACGGGAUUUCCCCUUUCAAGACAAUCUCUUUCAGUCUAUGUAUUACCCUCUUCAGUUGAAGUUUUUGGAGACUGUGCACACCUUAUGUGGAAGAAUUCCACAAGUGUUUCUGAAGCAGAUUGAGAAAACAAUGAAAAGGACUUAUGAGAAACACGUCAUCAUUCACGUUGGCCCCGACUACAGGCACUGAAUGUUUCGUAUUCUUGCAAGUCCGUCAGGCCAUCUCGUGACUGAGGAAAUGUCCAUCUGUCAGCUAUCUGUGGGUCUUUUCAUGUGUGUAAAUUUUUUUUUUAAGAGUCAGAGAUAGGGAAAAUGGGGCAGAGGGUAGAUAGCAUAGUGGUUAUGCAAAGAGACACUCAUGCCUGAAGCUCCAAAGUCCCAGGUUCAAGCACCCACUGGUAUCACCAUAAGCCAGAGCUGAACAGUGUUCUGAUAACAGAGAGAGAAAGAAAGAGAUAAAGAGACCACAUCACUGAAGCUUCCUUCAAUGUGGUGGUGGUGGUGGGGGGGGGGGUUUGAGCCUAAAUAGUAUGGCAAAGCAGCACACUAUCCAAGUGAGCUAUUCCCAUGGCCCACGAGUAAAUAUUUAAAGGUGCUUCAUGACAAUUGCAUUUAAAAAGCCUGCUCAGUGUUGCUAAAUUAAUUGCUCCGAGUAGGGACUAUGCACUAUUCUUUUCUAUAAUGCUAUUUAUCUUUUUUUUUUCCAGGCAUAUUAUUACUCAUCUCACAUUGUUCCAGAAGGUUGGGCUAGCUGUGAAAAGUGAUUUUUGUGAGCCUCCCAUUCUUGUUGCGUCUGAGACAGUAUCAGUGGCAUCGAACAUAUCAGAUUUAUCUCGUAUGCCUGAGAUUGUUCCUGUGGAGUGGGUGUUCUUCAUCCUCAUUGUAUAAAUGACACAAGCUUGUUGUAAAACAAGCGAACAUUGUUUAUGUUGUAAAUUUGCAGGCAGUAUAGCUUUGGGGGCCAGGUGGUUGAGUGCACCUGUUACAGUGCACAAGGACCUGGGUUCAAGCCUCCAGUCCCCACCUGCAGGAGGAAAGCUUUGCAAGUGGUGAAGCAGUGCUGCAGAUGUCUCUUUGUCUCUCUCUCCCUCUCUACCUCCCCCUUCCCUCUCAAGAUCUGGCUGUCUUUAUCCAAUACAUAAAGACAAUUAAAAAGAGAGAGAGAGAGUAUAGGUUUGUGGAGCCAAAUCAAGAUUAGUCAUAAUCCUACCAACCAAUGGGAAAGAAUGUUAUUUUAGCAGAGUCCUAGCUUUCCCACCCUAGCCCCCGUCUAUAUUUAUUUGUCAAGCUCCCCUUUCCAUUGUGCCACGCAUCUAAAACAGGGAAUUUCAGGAGAAGCUGAUCCUAUGCUAAGACUUUUUUGUGGGCAACUGAAAAGCUGCAAGGAUCACUUUUACAGCUCUUUAUUUAAAAUAUAUAUGUUUAAAAUAUAUAUGUCUUUAUUAAAAUAUAUAUUUCUAUAAUGCUAAAUAGCAUUAUAGAAAAUAAUAGUGCAUAGUCCCUAUUCGGAGCAAUUAAUUUGGGGGAGGGGUGUAGGGAGUAGAUAGCAUAAUGGUUAUGCAAAGAGACUCUCUGCCUGAGGUUACAAAGUCCCAGGUUCAAACCAGAGCUGAGCAGUGCUUGGUAAAAAAUAAAUAAAUAAAAUUUAAAAUCAUAAUAAUAAAAUACACAUGAAGGGUCCAGGUAGUGGCUCAUCUGGUUGAGCACACAUGUUGCAAUAAGCAAGGACCCAGGUUCGAACUUCAGUUCUCCAACUGUAGAGGAAAAGCUUUGCAAGUGGUAAAGCAGUGCUGCAGGUGACUCUUUCCUCUCUAUCACCCACUUCCCUCUGGCUGUCUCUAUCCAACAAGUAACCCUAUAACUAAAUAAAAAUAACUUUUUAAGGGAGUUGGGCUGUAGCACAGCGGGUUAAGCGCACGUGGCGCAAAGUGCAAGGAUCCCUGUAAGGUUCCCGGUUUGAGCCCCCGGCUCCCCACCUGCAGGGGAGUUGCUUCACAGGCGGUGAAGCAGGUCUGCAGGUGUCUUUCUCUUCUCUUUCCAUUUCUCUCUGUCCUAUCCAUCAACAACAAUAAAAACAACAAGGGCAACUUAAAAAGCAAAUAAAUAUUUUUUUAAAUUUAUAAAAAAUAACUUUAAAAUUAUAAAUAAAUUAAUAACUUUAAAAAAUAAUUUAAAGGGAGUCGGACAGGUUAAGCACACAUGGCACAAAUCGCAAGGACCGGCAUAAGGAUCCCGGUGCAAGCCCUGGCUCCCCACCAACAGGGGAGUCGCUUCACAGUUGGUGAAGCAGGUCUGCAGGUGUCUGUCUUUCUCUCCCCCUCUGUCUUCCCCUCUUCUCUCCAUUUCUCUCUGCCCUAUCCAAAAACGACAUCAACAACAAUAAUAACUACAACAACAAUAAAAAGACGGGAGUCGGGCUGUAGCACAGCAGGUUAAGCGCAGGUGGCGCAAAGCACAAGGACUGGCAUAAGGGUCUCGGUUCGAGCCCUGGCUCCCCACCUUCAGGGGAGUCGCUUCACAGGCGGUGAAGCAGGUCUGCAGGUGUCUGUCUUUCUCUCCCCCUCUCUGCCUUCCCCUCCUCUCUCCAUUUCUCUCUGUCCUAUCCAACAAUGACUACAACAAUAAAACAACAAGGGCAACAAAGGGAAUAAAUAAAUAAAAUAAAUAUUAAAAAAACAAUAAAAAGACAACAAGGGCAACAAAAGGGAAAAUAAAUAUUUUUUAAAAGUUAGUGUUGAAAAGAAAUAAUUUUAAAACAAAUACACAUGUAUAGGUGGAGUGUGUAGUUUGCAUAACCAUUACGCAAUCUACCCUCUGCCCCAGCCUGAGUAUGUAGUUCAGCAAUAGAAUAAAUACAUACUUCUCAAUCAUGAGGUCCCAGGUUUGAUCCCCACCACCACAAAAAAAAAAAAAAAAAAAAAGAAUGAAAGAAAAAGAAAAAAGAAAUUAUCCACACACACUCAUCUGGAAGCAUUCAAAUUUUAGUAAACCAAGCAGUGCUAAAGGAUGAAGCAUACCUGGGUGAGAAGUGUUUCUCAAAGGAAAACUAUUCAAAUUUGUGGCACAUUAACUCCUAAGAAAUGUCUGUAGCUGGGGUGGGGGGGCGGAUGGUGGCGCACCUGGUUGAGCGCACAUGUGACAAUGCGCAAGGACCCGGGUUUGAGCCCCUGGUCCCCACCUGCAGGGGGAAAGCUUCACAAGUGGUGAAGCAGGGCUGCAGGUGUCUCUCUGUCUCUCUCCCUCUCUAUCACCCCCUUCCCUCUCAACUUCUGGCUGUCUCUAUCCAAUAAAUAAAUAAAGAUAACAAAAAAAAGUUAAAGAAAUAGAAA